CGCUUCGCUCGAAUAAAGAAAAACAAAAAUACCUGAGUUUUUGUUGAUUCGAAACUAGUUGUUGUAUUUCUAUCUUAAUUGUUCAUCUUUCUCUGUUUCGGCUAUUUGAGUGAUAAUUUCAGUUUUUGUGUUCAUCAAUGGAGGUUUCUUCUUUCUCCACUGUAUCCAGAUACUGUACUUCAUACUCGUCUCUUCCAGAAUCGUCUCGUUUCAGAGGAUUCAAAGUUCACAUACGGGACCAAUCUCUUUCUCCUGUUCAAUUAAGCUUAAGGACAAGAAGAAACCCUCGUAACUUGAUUUCUUGCAGUCAGAGGAGAGACGCCACGGUUGUCGAUGGAAGUUGUAUGGAUGAGAUAUAUGAUAAGCUGGCAGAACGUCUUGUCCCUACAUCAGCAUCUAUGUUUAGCCCAAAUGUUAAACAUUUGGUCGGUUUGGCUGGUCCUCCUGGUGCUGGAAAAAGCACAUUAGCAUCUGAAGUAGUACGUCGUGUAAAUAGGCUUUGGCCUCAGAAAGCUUCUUCUUUUGAUGCUGAGGUUAAUCCUCCUGAUGUUGCUAUAGUACUUCCCAUGGAUGGGUUCCAUUUGUAUCGUUCGCAGCUUGAUGCAAUGGAGGAUCCCAAAGAAGCCCAUGCGAGAAGAGGAGCUCCAUGGACUUUUGAUCCUGCACUAUUGCUUAACUGUUUAAAGAAGUUGAGAAACGAGGGCUCAGUUUAUGUGCCAUCAUUCGAUCAUGGAGUUGGAGACCCAGUUGAAGAAGAUAUCUUUGUUAGCCUCCAGCAUAAAGUGGUAAUUGUAGAAGGAAACUACAUCUUGUUAGAAGAAGGAUCUUGGAAAGACAUCUCGGAUAUGUUUGAUGAGAAGUGGUUCAUUGAUGUCAAUCUAGAUACAGCAAUGCAACGUGUAGAAAACCGACAUAUCUUAACUGGUAAACCACCAGAUGUUGCUAAAUGGCGGGUUGAUUAUAACGACCGACCCAAUGCAGAGCUGAUAAUAAAGUCGAAGUCGAACGCUGAUUUACUGAUCAGAUCUAUUAACUUUUGAAUCUACUUUCUUGGAGGCUAUUGCCUGAAGAUGGUUAGCUUAAGACAAAAUCUAUUUUCUUGCAUUGGAAAUCUUUUUUAAUAAGCAAUUUGUGUAUAUACUAUUUCCAAUGUUCUUUCAAUAUACAUACAUGGAUUUUGUUCAUA